CCUCUAAAGGUUAUUUUUUUAUCUAAAGCGGAGUUAACUUGUCAGUGUUAUUUCCUUAGAGAUUUAUAUAUAGUGGUAAGCCAGACGCAUGAGCUUCUCUUUUUUGCAAGGUGUAUAAGAGGCUAAGAGCACGUCAAACACGUUCAUAAACUUGCCUUUUUCAUAGAGAAAAGGAGAAGAUGGGUUUACUGCCACUAAUGAAGAAACUAGGUUUCGUCUUUCUUCUUGUUUCAGCUUUUGCUCUCUCUUCUGCAGGCCGACCAUCCAUUCUAAUCUAUAGCCAAGACGAUAAUCAGGAGUUGGUAGAAAGGAUACAUGAACAUGAGAGAAUACUGAGGAUGAAUUCAAGAGACUAUGGUCACUUCAGUCCUACACCAAGGCUCGUCAGGCCUCCUUUCAAGCUUAUUCCCAACUGAUCAUGAUUCAUAUUAUGGAGCAACUUUAUAGAUGUCGACUUUGUGAGAUGUACGAUAUAUAUAUACCUAAAGACUAACACUGCAUGUUAUCAUUUAAGUUUGAAGAUAUGUUAUGUAGUAAGCGAUUCUAUAGUCUUUGGGGUGUGAAAUUGGUGAAAGUGCAUGUCACUUUUUAUCACUACAAUAUAUGGUUUGGUUAUCAUGCAAUAUUGCAAUUAAUGGAUGUAUUGUAGAGAAGAUCCCACGUCAGAAAUAUGAAAGAGACUUGAGUAA